AGUGAACAGUUCGACUGGUUUGCAGGUUGCUUUCUAUUGGGUUUCUUCAAAAGCUCUAGAGAAAAGCUUUGCUUCUCGUUUCGGAUUGAUGGCUUGGGCUUGCUCGAAGUGCACCUUCCUUAAUCCUCCAUCACAAACAUUAUCGUGCCAAAUUUGUCAAUCUUCUUCUUCUUUAAAUCCAUCAUCCUCCUCGCCUUCUCUUUCACCAUUAACAUGGUCUUGCAAGGCGUGUACUUUCUCCAACAAAUUUGGCAGUACUAGCUGCGAAAUAUGCGGUACCAGACAAAAGGCUUCUUUCCUAUCGAGAUUAGAGGAUUUUGAUUCUCUAGGAUCAGAUGAUGAAUUGGGUUCCGAAGUGGGUUCUGUUUUCUUACCCUUGCAGCCCUGUAAGAGGAAAAAUCAGGACACAGUUGAGAUUGGUGAUAGCUUUAGUGAAUUGGGUAAGUUCCGAGGAGAAAAAUCGUCUAGGCAAUCAGAAACCGUCUCAGUGGACAUAAAUCAGGAUGCUCGUGUUAGUACAUUAAAGGUUUUGAGUUAUAAUGUUUGGUUCCGAGAAGACCUGGAGAUGCAUAAGAGGAUGAAAGCACUUGGGGAUCUCAUUCAACAGCAUUCCCCGGACCUCAUCUGUUUCCAGGAAGUCACACCCAAUAUCUAUGACAUUUUUCAGCAUGCAAGCUGGUGGAAAGUUUACACUUGUUCAGUCCCAAGUGAGAUGGCAAACACAAGACCAUAUUUCUGCAUGCAGUUAAGUAAACUACCCAUAAAAUCCUUCAGCUGUAAACCCUUCAGAAACUCUAUAAUGGGAAGAGAACUUUGUGUGGCUGAGAUUGAAGUUGGGAUGGGCAAACCCUUGAUUCUUGCUACUAGUCACCUUGAGAGUCCCAGCCCUGCACCUCCUAAAUGGGACCAGAUGUUCAGCAAGGAGCGUGUUGUUCAGGCAAAAGAGGCAAUUAACCUUCUCAAGGAUGCUCCGAAUGUAAUAUUUGGUGGUGACAUGAACUGGGAUGACAAGUUGGAUGGUGAAUUUCCCUUACCUGAAGGGUGGGUGGAUGCUUGGGUGGAACAAAGGCGUGGGGAGAAUGGAUGGACAUAUGAUACCAAGUCCAACCGGAUGCUGUCUGGUAACAGGACACUGCAGAAGCGAUUAGACCGAUUUUUGUGCAAGUUAAGUGAUUUUAAAAUAAGUGCAGUUGAUAUGAUAGGGAUGGAAGCAAUACCAGGACUGACUUAUUCUAAGGAGAAAAAAGUGAGGAAAGAAUUGCAGACAUUGGUGCUCCCUGUUUUGCCUAGUGACCAUUAUGGCUUACUCUUAACAAUCAGCAACUAGUAAUGAUGAACGGGUUUGUGAAACUCCUAA